AUGGUUUUGGGCCAUAUUCUUGGAAACCCAAAGAGAAAUGGUAUCGCGUGGCACAGACAUCGGUGCCGGAGGGAUCUGAAUCUACACAGUUUCUGCGGAGGAUCAAGGAGACGAUCCGGUUCGAGAAAGUGGAGGAUCGAAUCCUCAGAGAGGAAGGUGAAGAUACUUCUGUACCGUAGGUACACUUGCGUUAUUAUGUUCUCAUCGAAGAUGGUUUCGAGAUUAUGCAUUUUCCCUACUCCGCCCAUACCAGACAUACGCUUAGUCCUGAAUCCAUCUCUUAUGGGUAAGCUACUGGGUUCCAAAGCUGGCAAAGACUCUACUCUGCACUUCGUUAGUUACUUACCUUCAUUCAGUUUCAGGUUCUAUUGGAUGAAACAGACCGGUUUGCUCCGGUCUGGUGUUGUGGAGUCGGAUUCGAAAUUUGGUGAAACUAAUCCUUACAUUUGA